CUUAAUCUCUGUUAUGGUACUGAUUACUCGUAUUCUUCGUGCCAAGAAUAUAUUCAUCAUGCCAAGGCUUCUGCUCUCAAGACCAUAUAUACUCCUAUCACCAGCUUUCUGAAGACCCUCAAUUCCCCAAACUCUUAGCCCUACCUCAGACCCCUUCAAUCAGCAAUAUGAAAUUGUCAAUCUUGUUCUCGAUCAUAAGCCUCGUGGCAGGGGAGAUAGGUACCGGUGCCGGGCCAUCCCAGGAUGUUGCAAUAUACCAAACAGCCAAUCAACACCCCAAUGCGACCGGUUCAGUGUCGCUACGUGGAGUCAAUAUGACCAACAUUCCAGACAUUGCCAGCCCUGUCUCUUGGACUGCUUCGCUCAACGUAACAGAAGUCGCUGAUAUCCCAGGCGCCAAUGGUUCGGUGAUCACGAAUUCUGUGAUAUCGUUGGAUUCGGACGGAGCGUUCAUAGCAAACUCAAGCUGGGAUACAUGCGUCAUCGUGAUGGAGAGCGUCGCGCUCAAUGCGACAGUGAAGGGACAAAAAGAUAACGGAAACUGUUCUGCGACUUUUGGGGAUGAAUGUGUACUUGCGUGGACUGGUGCAAUCUCACUAGCUAGGGCAGUAGCUGCUGCGAGCAGCAAUCAAAGGAGCGGUGCUUGUGGAGGCAUGGCCUUUCCCCAGAUUCCUGGAGCGUGUAUGGGGUCGCUUGACUCGGGCUUCAUCGCCACCAACAUCACCACAACCAACAAUACAUCAGGGGGUCUAUUCUUAUACACCACCGAUGAACUCCACGACCCCGCGAACCUUACAUUUUACGAGACUGCAGCGACUCGAAUCUGGCCGAUCCUUGUUGUUCAGUCUCCAAGUCAUGAUUUCGAGGGUGGAAGUGGCAUAAUAUCUCCAUCCAUGAGAUGUCUGAGAGCACAGAAUUCGACUGAGGGCUCCACUCCUAUCGGUGAUGUUCCAGGAGUCGGCAGUAGAUUUGAUUUUGGCGUCUGGAAAAUGUCAAUUGUGUUGAUGGCGAUGGCUUUGGUGCUGUAGACCGUUCAGCGUUGGUACUAGAAUCCAGCAAAGUUAUUCCCAGUCUCAUCGUAUUCCUCAAUGAAUCUUCGACUGGCAAACAUUUCUUCGGCCACUUGAAAGUUUUCGAAAUUGUACAGCUGAUCCAGGGACCAAUCCUGGACGUCUCCAGCAGUGAAAUUGACAUUGUUGGCAAAGGUGGACCAGCUUGGACGAUGGUCUGUUGACAUGUUGAAACCAGAAUCUUGGUCGUACUGGUACAUGUUCUCAGUCGACGUCGCCACACUCGGAGAGUUCUUGACGGACAAGUUCUGAUCGAAAUCCUGAAUAGUCUGACCUAUCAAUGUCGCAUGACCCUCGGACGGAUAGCUGUCCUGAGAGUGGUCUCGAGGCAUGCUGGGAGUGGUGGUCUUGGAACCAUUCUCCUUCAUGAAC